GCCUCCCCCUUCCCGCGGGGCGAGAGCGAGAGCGAGAUCUCCCUCCUCCCUCCUCCUCCCGCCCGCCGGGCCGCCCGCGCCGCAGCCCCGCCGCCGUCAGCCGCCGGGGCCGGGCGAGCGCCCCCCGGGCCCCGCUCCCCGUCCUCGGCCGCGCCCCGGAAGAGGGGCUCCGGCUUCCUCGCUUCCGCACCCCCGGCCCCGCCGCGCCCGGCGUCCGUUGAGCCGCGGCUGCCGCAGCCCGGCCCGGGGGCCUCGCGCUCCCGACCUCUGUCCCGGGCCUCGCCCCGCGGGAAGGACCCGGAGCCACGACGGGGAGACUGGAAAGGCCUAGAACCGCGCCCGGGCUCCUCUGGGGACUGAAGUCUCCCAAGGGGGUCGCUCCUGCCAGCCAGGCGGGAGCGACAGGCAUCGUUUUUGUGCCUCCUCCGUGGCUGUGGACCGGAGCCCCAUAGCCCAGGACUUGCACACGCAAGUCUCUGGCGAGGCAGCGGAAGGGGCGCUCUCGGGGCGACCGCAGACCUCGGCGAGGACCCCAGCCCGUCCCCCGAGGGGUCCCAAUGAAUGAAGACUUCGGAGUGCCCCAUCCCCAGCACGUUUGUGCGAUUUCUGUGAUCUAGUCGUUAAGAAAGGUGACCAAAAGCCAGCCCUGCUGUGAGUUGGACUCUUACGUGUUGACCGGCCACUCUCCUGUGCUCUGGAUGAUGUCGGAACACGACCUGGCGGAUGUGGUUCAGAUUGCAGUGGAAGACCUGAGCCCUGACCACCCAGGUACAGAGCUGUGGGACAUUGUUUUGGAGAAUCAUGUAGUGACAGAUGAAGAUGAACCUGCUUUGAAACGCCAGCGACUAGAAAUCAAUUGCCAGGAUCCGUCUAUAAAGUCAUUCCUGUAUUCCAUCAACCAGACAAUCUGCUUGCGGUUGGAUAGCAUUGAAGCCAAACUGCAAGCCCUGGAGGCUACUUGUAAAUCUUUAGAAGAAAAGCUGGAUCUGGUCACGAACAAGCAGCACAGCCCCAUCCAGGUUCCCAUGGUGGCCGGCUCCCCUCUCGGGGCAACCCAGACGUGCAACAAAGUGCGAUGCGUCGUCCCCCAGACUACAGUAAUACUCAACAAUGAUCGGCAGAACGCCAUUGUAGCCAAGAUGGAAGACCCCUUGAGCAACAGGGCACCGGAUUCCCUGGAAAAUGUCAUUAGCAACGCUGUGCCUGGGCGUCGGCAGAACACCAUUGUGGUGAAGGUGCCGGGCCAAGAAGAUAGCCACCACGAAGAUGGGGAGAGCGGCUCGGAGGCCAGCGACUCUGUGUCCAGCUGUGGACAGGCGGGCAGCCAGAGCAUUGGGAGCAACGUCACCCUCAUCACCCUGAACUCAGAAGAGGAUUACCCAAAUGGCACCUGGCUGGGCGACGAGAACAACCCCGAGAUGCGGGUGCGCUGCGCCAUCAUCCCCUCCGACAUGCUGCAUAUCAGCACCAACUGCCGCACGGCCGAGAAGAUGGCGCUUACGCUGCUGGACUACCUCUUCCACCGUGAGGUGCAGGCCGUGUCCAACCUCUCGGGGCAGGGCAAGCACGGGAAGAAGCAGCUGGACCCGCUCACCAUCUACGGCAUCCGGUGUCACCUUUUCUAUAAAUUUGGAAUCACAGAAUCUGACUGGUACCGAAUCAAGCAGAGCAUCGACUCCAAGUGCCGCACGGCGUGGCGGCGCAAGCAGCGGGGCCAGAGCCUGGCGGUCAAGAGCUUCUCGCGGAGAACGCCCAACUCAUCCUCCUACUGCCCCUCAGAGCCGAUGAUGAGCACCCCAUCUCCCGCCAGCGAGCUCCCACAGCCACAGCCACAGCCGCAAGCCCUGCACUACGCGUUGGCCAACGCGCAGCAGGUGCAGAUCCACCAGAUCGGAGAAGACGGACAGGUGCAAGUAAUCCCACAGGGACACCUCCACAUCGCCCAGGUGCCACAGGGGGAACAAGUCCAGAUCACGCAGGACAGCGAGGGCAACCUCCAGAUCCAUCACGUGGGGCAGGACGGUCAGCUUCUAGAGGCCACCCGCAUCCCCUGCCUCCUGGCCCCAUCCGUCUUCAAAGCCAGCAGUGGCCAGGUGCUGCAGGGCGCACAGCUGAUUGCCGUGGCCUCCUCGGACCCCGCUGCGGCGGGCGUGGAUGGGUCGCCACUCCAGGGCAGUGACAUCCAGGUUCAGUACGUGCAGCUGGCGCCUGUGAGUGACCACACGGCCGGGGCGCAGACGGCCGAAGCCCUGCAGCCCACGCUACAGCCGGAGAUGCAGCUCGAGCACGGGGCCAUCCAGAUCCAGUGAGCGGUGCCCACGGCACCAGGAGCCCCCGGCACCAGGAGCCCCUCGCGGGCUCUGCCUACAGCCCGGCCCCCACGCGCCCUGCUCUCGCGGCCUCGGCACAGGCAGCGGCUGCACCUGUUCUGCUGAAGUGCGUCUGAAGGCUGCUGCCUCCGCGGGGAAGAGCAUCCUAUCAACUGAAAGAGCAGCCGCCGCCGCCCCCAGCCGGAGACCCCUUUCGUUUGAGUCAUGAUGUUGGUGUUGGAGGACGAGGGGAGGCACAGUGCGGAGAGCAUCGCGUAUGCGCGGGAAAUCAAGAACUAUGAUAUUUUUCUGUUUAAACAGCUUUUUUUAAUUUGCUAUGGUGUUUAUAACAAAAAAAGAAAAUUUGAAAAAAAAAUCCCAGGGGAGUAGCAGGAGCCCUUUGCUGUGUGCUCUGUCUAGUGUCAUGAGACGGGAGCCCUUUGCUGUGUGCUCUGUCCAGUGUCAUGAGGCAGGUGUUUGCAAAGCCAGCUCUCGGUUCCGAUGGGGUAUUGCUGACCUACUUUUCUAGGGGAAAUGCUCUCAAACACUGUAAUUAUGCAUUUCUAAUGAAAUAAAAUGUAUUUAUGACCACA